AUGACAAUCCCUGGCGUCACCCUGCCCCCAUACCCCCUCCAUGAGUCGGUCAAGGACCUGCUCGACCCGGAGUAUGUCGCAUUCUACAACCAGCAUGUUAUCAACAACCAGCAGGUGCACCUCCAGCCCGUGGAGGCCUCGCGCACAAGUGGUGUCUUGAUCCCAGGUGCCGGGCCCAUGCUGGAAGUGGGCAAGACUCAAGAUCUGAGCGUCUCGAGACGCGCUACUGAGGGCCCUCCAGUUCCGAUCCGCUGUUUUACACCCAAGGGCGAGGUGCCCACCGGAGGAUGGCCAGUCAUGCUGUAUUUUCAUGGCGGGGGAUGGGUGCUGGGCAAUAUUGACACUGAGAACGUGGUGUGUUCGAACUUGUGUGUGCGCGGCAACUGUGUGGUGGUCACGGUGGAUUACCGCCUUGCACCUGAAAACCGCUGGCCUGCCGCGGUGCACGAUUGCUGGGAAGCGCUACUCUGGCUCCUCGCUGAUGGCCCCGCCGCGCUGUCGAUCAACACGUCAAAGAUCGCAACAGGUGGCUCGUCCGCUGGCGGAAAUCUCGCCUCGAUCAUGACCCACAAGGCAUUGACCCUGUCGCCGCCAGUACAUUUCCAGGCCCAGCUCCUCUCCGUCCCCGUGACAGAUAACACGGCCACUGUCGCCAACAAUGAGUCCUAUCGGCGCUACGAACACACCCCGGCUCUGCCUGCUCCCAAGAUGUACUGGUACCGUGAUCACUACGUGCCUAAUGACGCCGACCGCACCAACCCGGAGGCUAGCCCGCUGUUCUAUAAGGGCGAUUGGGCGCAGCUACCGCCGGCGUUGGUCAUGGUUGGUGCGCUCGACGUGCUGCGUACUGAGGGUGAGCAAUACGCCGAGAAACUGCAGAAGGCUGGCGUCGAGGUGGAUCUCCAGGUGAUGAAAGGAAUGCCGCAUCCAUUCUUGGCUAUGGACGGUGCACUGUCCGAGGGAAAGAGGUGUAUUACUUUGAUGUGUGAUGCACUACAAAAGGCUUUCUGGAGCUAA